AUGCAGCGCCGCCGAGCGAGCGCCCUCCCCGCCCUGCUCCUGCUGGCCCUCGGCGCGCUGGCCCUCUCGGGCGCCUUCGUGCCCGCGCCGCCGCCGGCCCCCGCGCGCGGGCCGGCGCUGGACGCGGUGGCCGCCGGGGCGGCGGCCGGGCUCCUCUCCGCGGCGCCGGCCCAGGCGAACGGGUCUCAGCUCUUCGGCGCGCGCUACACGGGGCUCCUCUUCGAGGAGAUCAUACCAUACGCUCUCGUGUCGUCCUUCACGAUCCUCUGGGGCAUCGUGCUGGGCUUCGUGCUGCUGAGGCUGCAGGAGGCCUUCCCCGAGUGA